UGGCAGCUGGCAGUAGUUCCGUCAGAGCGGACAUCUUGUGGCUGUGUCGUGCGCGUGAGCCCCGUAGGGCCGGGGAGGCACCAGCUGCCGCGCGGGGAGGAGGCCGAGGCCGCAGCUUGAGGGAGGCCCCGGCCCCUCUGCGCCUGUGUCUGGCAGAGCCGGUGUGAGACCAAGAGACAAUCCUUCCCAGCCGCCGGGAUAAUCAAGAGUUUUGGCCGGAACUUUGAACACACACCGAGAUAGUGAGGAGCCAGACGAAAAGCACAGACUAUGGCGCUGAAACGGAUUAAUAAGGAACUUAGUGAUUUGGCCCGUGACCCUCCAGCACAAUGUUCUGCAGGUCCAGUUGGGGAUGAUAUGUUUCAUUGGCAAGCCACAAUUAUGGGACCUAAUGACAGCCCAUAUCAAGGCGGUGUAUUCUUUUUGACAAUUCAUUUUCCUACAGACUACCCCUUCAAACCACCUAAGGUUGCAUUUACAACAAGAAUUUAUCAUCCAAAUAUUAACAGUAAUGGCAGCAUUUGUCUCGAUAUUCUAAGAUCACAGUGGUCUCCUGCUUUAACUAUUUCUAAAGUUCUUUUAUCCAUUUGUUCACUGCUAUGUGAUCCAAACCCAGAUGACCCCCUAGUGCCAGAGAUUGCACGGAUCUAUAAAACAGACAGAGAUAAGUACAAUAGGUUAGCAAGAGAGUGGACAGAGAAAUACGCUAUGUUGUAGGGUACAACAGAAUAUCUCGGGAAUGGACUCAGAAGUAUGCCAUGUGAUGCUACCUUAAAGUCAGAAUAACCUGCAUUAUAGCUGGAAUAAACUUUAAAUUACUGUUCCUUUUUUGAUUUUCUUAUCCGGCUGCUCCCCUAUCAGACCUCAUCUUUUUUAAUUUUAUUUUUUGUUUACCUCCCUCCAUUCAUUCACAUGCUCAUCUGAGAAGACUUAAGUUCUUCCAGCUUUGGACAAUAACUGCUUUUAGAAACUGUAAAGUAGUUACAAGAGAACAGUUGCCCAAGAUUCAGAAUUUUUUAAAAAAAUGGAGCAUGUGUAUUAUGUGGCCAAUGUCUUCACUCUAACUUGGUUAUGAGACUAAAACCAUUCCUCACUGCUCUAACAUGCUGAAGAAUCAUCAGAGGGGGAGGGAGAUGGAUGCUCAGUUGCCACAUCAAAGGAAGCAGCAUUAUUCUAGCAGCAUCCAUUCUUGUGUAAGCCUUCCAGUGUUAGAGAUUUGAGGUUACAUGAUAUACUUUAUGCUCAUAACUGAUGUGGCUGGAGAAUUGGUAUUGAAUUUAUAGCAUCAGCAGAACAGAAAAUGUGAUGUAUUUUAUGCAUGUCAAUAAAGGAAUGACCUGUUCUUGUUCUACAGAGAAUGGAAAUUGGAAGUCAAACACCCUUUGUAUUCCAAAAUAGGGUCUCAAACAUUUUGUAAUUUUCAUUUAAAUUGUUAGGAGGCUUGGAGCUAUUAGUUAAUCUAUCUUCCAAUACACUGUUUAAUAUAGCACUGAAUAAAUGAUGCAAGUUGUCAAUGGAUGAGUGAUCAACUAAUAGCUCUGCUAGUAAUUGAUUUAUUUUUCUUCAAUAAAGUUGCAUAAACCAA